AGACUGAUCAAAUAUCAAUGAACUUUGACAACUGCUUUUCCAAUGUUGGUUCAGAUUGGGACCACAACCCAAGAAACAACAGGGAUGACUUGACCAGAAUAAAUGGGUACGUAGAACUAGAGAACGGUAGUAGCGAACGAGUAGACCAAGAAACGACUGGUUUUUAUUUCUUUCAGAAAUUUCCUUUACAAAACUUCGAGUCAGAACGUGACUGUGACUUUAUUACAUCCCUAGCUUUCGACCCCACAGGGGAGUUUCUUGCUGUGGGUGAUAAAAGCGGAAGAGUCGCUGUUUUGAAGAGGAAUAUAAAGUCCCAUGGGACGAGAAAUAAUUAUACGGAUGGUUCUUCUUUUACAAACUUCGAACAGAGAAUGGAGCCCAAGGUCCUCAUUGACAAUGUGAGUCAAGAAGAGCAACACGCUGACGGAAGUCUGGGGUAUUAUUUAUGGGCAGACUUUCAAUCUCAUGAGCCAGAGUUUGACUACCUGAAAAGUCUAGAAAUUGAAGAGAAGAUAAACGAAAUACAGUGGUGCAGACCCUCUGCUAUGAAUCAACUUCUUUUGACAACUAACGAUAAAACAAUCAAGUUAUGGAAAUUACGAGAGAAAAGCCUUAAUGUAGCUGCAAGCUAUCGGUCUAGUGAGUCACAUUUAGAAAAUUUCUCGGAUAACAUUUGGAACGGGACUCGCUUAUCCCCAGUUUCCUGUUUUACUAACAAGAGGGGUGAUUCUCGAAGAACUUGUACCGUUAUUGCUAGGACUAAAAAUAUUUACUGCAAUGCACAUGCGUAUCAUAUCAAUUCAAUAAGUCUCAAUUCCGAUGGGGAGACUUUUUUGAGUUCAGAUGAUUUGAGGAUCAAUAUAUGGAACUUGGAAAUACCUCUGAAAGCAUUCAAUGUUGUGGAUAUUAAACCUGAGGCCAUGGAGGACUUGAAUGAAGUGAUAACUUCGGCAAAGUGUCAUCCUUGUCAUUGUCAUUUGUUUAUACACAGCAGUUCUAAAGGAAUUGUUCGAUUAUGCGAUUUGCGUUCAUCUGCAUUGUGUGAUCGUUCAGCACUUGACUUUGAACAGCCUGACUUGGCGACAAAUAGUUCUUUUUUCUCUGAAAUUAUAUCUUCAAUAUCCGACGUUCGGUUUUCUCCUUCAGGGGAAUAUAUAUUAGCACGUGACUAUAUGCAUUUACUUUUAUGGGAUAUAAGAAUGUCAAAUGAACCUCUUUUAAAAGUUCCUGUACAUGAUUACAUUCGUUCAUAUCUCUGUGAGUUGUAUGAGAACGAUUUUAUAUUCGACAAGUUUCGAUGUAGCUUUUCUCAUGAUGGAAAGUUGCUUUUCACGGGUUCAUACGAUAAUAAGGUUGUGUUUUGUAAUACUAUGAAUGGAGCGACAAUGAACCAUUCUAUUGAAAAAGGCUUUACGAGAAAUUCCUUUGGAGUAUUUCAUCCGUCGCAAAAAAUUCUGGAAGUUGCUUCGCAUCCAUUGGAAAAUGUUAUUGCAACGGCAGCCGGUGCUUAUGUUUAUUUACAUCGUGGUUACUAGUUCCUGCAAAAGUAUGUGAAUAAUAAAA